AUGGAACUAUAUAUGACGGCCGCGACCAGCACUCGCCCAGGUCAGGUGAUGCGCCGGUCGCCCAAAGCGGCGGGGGCAGCUCCCUCCCACGGAUCGCAGAUCACCGCCGUCACGUCCAACGGAUCAGUGUCCUCCGUGGCAAUCACUCCAUCCUCGAAUCAGAUCUCCUCAAUGGCCUGCCAUGCUCAGCUUCUCCGCAUCGGCGAUGAUGCAGGAGGACAGGCAGACAGGCAGACCAGACCAUGGAGCUACCCCCCUCCCACUUCCAAGGGACCGAGGAACGAAUCAUGCAAGAGAGCCCAUCAGUCCCUCUUGCUCCUGCUUCUCCCAACCAUGUGGGAUGAGAUCAUAGGCGACGGCGGGCAGAAUGCCACCCUUCGAGGGCUUGGGCUUGCCCCGUUCCUAUUAACUCUGCUGACUCGCUCGUCCCGGUCACAUCUUGGGGAGAUGCCUCGUCGUGAUCAGGAGAUUGGACGAUCACCAGAAAACAGGAUGCACGCUAACCUCGUCGCCGUCGCCGUCGGUACUCCACUGUGGAUUCAAACUGCUCGGCUCCCCGCAUCAUCGGCUGGCAAUCACUGCACCCCAGCAUCGUCAUCUGGGGAGACUGGAGCUGAGAGACUAGUCAGUACGGAGACGUGA